AUGGAGAAAUUUAUCAACGAAGCUUUAAAUAUUAUGAAUGAAGAAUAUGCUGGUGUAGUAACAGUGCAACUUGUGCUUGCUAAAGCGAGGGUUACACCAGUAAAGCCCAUCACUAUGCCAAGACUGGAACUUAUUGCAGCCUUAUUAGCUACUCGAUUAUGUACAGAAGCAAAAUAUGCAUUGCAAUUAAACUUUAAAGAGAUUAUAGAUAGGAGUCACGUAGAUGAUUGGCAUCAUGUGCCUGGUGAACUUAAUCCAGCUGAUCUUCCGUCAAGGGGUUGUAAUGCUGAAAAUCUUUUUAAAAGUCGUUGGUGGGAAGGUCCAGAUUGGCUUAAGAAAUCCCAAGAACUUUGGCCUUAUUGUGAAGUACCUCCUGAUGAAAGUGAAGUUAAUAAAGAAAUAAAGAAAACAUGUUUAACUGUCCAGGAAGUUUAUAGAUUUACUGACAGAUUUCUUUAUUUUGGAAAAUACUCAAAAAUUGUUAGAACUGUAGCAUGGUGUUUAAGAUUUAAUAAAUACGAUUGUAAUAGACAGAAUAAGAAGGAUAUUACUGCAGAAGAGUAUGAAAAAGCAGAAAAUCGGUUAUUAUAUUUAAUACAAAAUGGAGAUAUCGAUGAAGUGAAAACAAGACUUAGGUUGGAUAUAUUUAAAGACAGUAAGAAUAUUAUUCGUGUAAAAACAAGAUUAACACUAAGUGGUGAUACAGAAAACUUCGUAACUCCGAUGUUAUUGCUCAAUACAUUACUUUUUAAAUAUAAAAAUUAA